UUGAGCAUCCAUUGUUUGCAUAAUGGUAGCACUUAACAGGACCGAUCCUCAACCUACCAUCUUCCUACUGCUUGGGAUUCCAGGGCUGGAGACUGCCCACAUCUGGAUCUCCAUCCCUUUCUGCCUGGUCUAUCUGCUGGCACUGAUGGGAAAUGCUGCCCUUUUAUUAAUUGUCAAGUCAGACCCCAAGCUGCAUGAGCCUAUGUACCUCUUUCUAUGCAUGCUCUCUGGGACUGACUUGAUGCUCACUUCUUCUACACUUCCCAAGAUACUCAGCCUCUUUUGGUUCAAUGACAGAGAGAUCUAUUUUGAAGCCUGCCUCACUCAAAUGUACUUUAUCCAUUCUCUGACUACCAUGGAAUCUGGAUUUAUCUUGGCCAUGGCUUUUGACCGUUAUGUGGCCAUUUGCCACCCACUGAGACAUUCUACCAUGCUGACACCUGCAGUCAUUGUAGGCUUGGGUUUGGCCAUUGUCCUUAGAGGAGCUGUACUCCUCAGUCCACACCCCUUCCUUCUAAGGUGGCUCUCCUACUGCAAAACUAAUCUCAUUUCUCAUACUUACUGUGAGUUCAUGGCCCUAAUAAAGCUGGUUUGUGAUAAAACCGAGAUUCACCGAGCCUACAGCCUAAUUGUGGCCUUCCUGACAGCGGGGCUAGACUUCAUCUUGAUCUUUUGCUCCUAUGUUCUUAUCCUGCUCACUGUCUUCCAACUCCCAUCCAAGGCAGCCCGCCUCAGGACCUUAAGCACCUGUGUCUCCCAUAUAUCGGUCAUUUUGAUGUUUUAUACACCAGCCUUUUUCUCCUUUCUUACCCACAGGUUUGGCCACCACAUUGCUCCACAUAUCCACAUUUUCGUAGCUAAUGUAUACCUCCUUAUUCCACCUAUGAUGGACCCCAUUAUUUAUGGUGUUAAAACCAAGAGGAUCAGGGAGGGAUUCUUUAAAAUCUUAACAAUUAAAAGUGUUUGACUUUGCAAAGUUUUGUGAUUCCCCAGGUCAUCAAAAAACGGAAGGAUGUUUAAGCAAUUAAAAAAUUCAAAAUAAAGCAGGAUUAUCUUAGAGUGGAAUUAUUUUCAUUAAACUUGAGAUUCAUAUUGAGCUAGGAAAUUAUGUUAAGCGUAUUGAUUCCAGUGAGCAAUAGAAUGUAUAGAAGACAGAUCGUAAAGAGAAAAAACAUUUGGGGAAC